GAUCCCCUCCAGGGAGCCAAGGGCCAGGACCCCGCCACGGGGCAGGGCGGCCGCUGUGACAGCCCCAAGCAGCCGGCAGGGCAGGAGAGCCCGACACCCCCGGUGCCCUCCGCUGCCAAGUCAAAAUCAUCCAGUGAUAGCAAGAACCGUCACAAAAAGCCCAAGGACACCAAGCCCAAGGUGAAGAAGCUGAAGUAUCACCAGUACAUUCCUCCAGACCAGAAGGCAGAGAAGUCUCCUCCACCCAUGGAUUCUGCAUAUGCCAGACUUCUCCAGCAGCAGCAGCUCUUUCUGCAGCUCCAGAUCCUCAGCCAGCAGCAGCAGCAGCAGCAGCAACAGCAGCACUUCAGCUACCCAGGGAUGCACCAAGUCCAGCUAAAGCAAUCAAAUGAGCAAGUGGUCAAAAGUUCAAAUUCUUCAUCAACUUCUCUCAACAACACUCCUCUUUCUCCUGUGAAAACCACCUUUUCAGGCCAGACUUGUGUCUCAUCUAUCAAGCCAGGCCCUCUGCCAUCUAACCUGGAUGAUCUGAAAGUGUCAGAGCUGAGACAGCAGCUCCGCAUACGAGGCCUGCCCGUGUCGGGCACCAAGACCGCGCUGAUGGAGCGGCUGCGGCCCUUCCAGGAGUGCGGCUCCAGCGCGGUGCCCAGCUUCAGCGAGAUCACCACCGUCACCUUCCCUGUCACGCCGACAGGCACCCUCUCCAGCUACCAGUCGCAGUCCUCCACCAGCAUGUUAUCAAAUGGCUUCUACCACUUUGGCAGCACCAGCUCCACCCCACCCAUCUCUCCAGCCUCCUCCGACCUCUCUGUGAGCGGCUCUUUGCCAGACACAUUCAACGACGGGCCCAUGUCUUCUCCACAGUUUGGUCUCCAGCCAUCUCCGGUUCACGGCAGUGCUGAAGAAAGCCUCAUGAGCAGCAUGAAUGGAGGGAGCAUUCAGCUGGAGCUGGAAGGGAUUGACACAGAGAAAGACAAGAUGCUGGUGGAGAAGCAGAAGGUCAUCAAUGAACUGACAUGGAAGCUGCAGCAAGAGCAGAGGCAGGUGGAAGAGCUACGCAUGCAGCUGCAGAAGCGGAAGAGAAGCAAUGGCCUCGAGGAGAAGCAGCAGCCCACUCAGCAUUUCUUUGGUGUCCCUAUCAAGCAAGAAAACGCAGUGUCCAGCUGUCCAUUUGCCUCCAAACAAACUGCCUUGAAGGGCUCAGCCAGCAGCACGGAUAAGUUAAGUAACUGUGGGGUGCCGCAGCUGCCUCACGUGGUG